GCUCUUCGGGGUAAAAUUAAAGAUAGGUAGACUCGUUUCGGGGUCACCAGGCUUGUCUAGAUCGGAGGGGACGCACAGAAGCAGCACUCCUUGUGCAGGGGGCUUUGACUAAAGCGUGUCUAACGGUCUUUAAUUUAUUGUCUCAGAGACGACAUAAUAGAUGAGCCUCACUAUCAACUCUUGAUUGAUUUUCGUGGCAUUGCUGGUGCCACUUUGCUGGAAGCGCUGGGAUCGAAUAUUGACACAGUCGACCUGUUUGCCAUCACGCCGGGGUGUUGGAAAGCGCGAGGCAUUGAGCUGGGAACAGCCUAAGGCUUACUCGGAUCUUACAAUCAUUAUUAGGAAUUGAAUGGCAAGGGCCCGCCAUCAAAUGGCCGUUUGGGCCGGGGCGUCUCUUCUCGCACUGUGCUGCUUCUGCUUCUGCCCCGGCACAGCGGGACAGGAUAACGCGCUGCCUCAAGGCUCUGUGCAGAGUGGCCUGGUAGUGGUGCCGUCCCAGUACCCUCCAGUGUACAGGGAGGAGAAUGAGACCGCUGACUUCUUUGGCACUAUUGUUUCUGAUCCCUACAGAUGGCUCGAGAACACAGACUCAAAUGAAACCAUCGCAUUCAUGGCAGCGCAGAACCAGCUGACAGAGAGUGUUCUGGAGGAGUGCGACACGCGCUCCAAGUUCAAAGAUAUGAUGACGGAGAUGUAUGACUUCCCAAAAAUCAGCUGCCCCUUUCAGCGUGGCCAGCCGGGGGAAGUCCUCAGGUGGUACUACAGCAGCAACACAGGGCUGCAAUCGCAGAGCGUCAUCUACACUCAGAAGACGCCGGACUCAGAGGCCACAGUGCUCCUGGACCCCAACAAUCUCAGCCCGGAUGGCACUGUGGCCCUCAACGAUUUUGCCUUCAGCUGGGACGGCAGCCUGGUCGCUUACAGCAUAGCCAGCGGUGGAUCUGACUGGGAGACAAUCCAUGUGCUCCAGAUCAACAAUGACACGGGCGCAGCCACUGUACUGAAUGACACUCUGAACAAUGUGAAGUUCAGCAGCACAGCUUGGUCGCCGGACAGCAAGGGCUUCUUCUACAACCAGUACCCGGCGCCCAACAUCACAAACUUUGACGCCCGGGGCACCAACACCGGCGCAAACAAGGACCAGCAGCUGUGGUACCACGUCGUGGGCACCAGCCAGGACGAGGAUGUCUUUGUGCUUGCCAUCCCUGAACAGCCCACCUACUCCAUUGGCGCUGGCUUCACCGAACCAAAAGACUACUUGAUCAUCACUGUGUCGACCGGAACGGAGCCCACCAACAAGCUGUGGUACAUGAAAGUCAGCGACCUGCCAGUCAGCGCCAAAACAGGCGCGCUGGACCUGUCAGCCUACGACAGGCGCAAGCAUGAUGCAAAGCCGCUGCCGCUUGUGAAGGUCAUCGACACCUUUGAGGCCUCCUAUGGCAUCGUCGCCAAUGAUGGCCCCAUCUGGACCCUCACCACCGACCACGAUGCACCCCGCAACAAGUUGGUGCGCAUGAAUGUGACAGAGGGAAUCUCGCCAGACACCUGGCAGGAGAUCCUGCCAGAGCAUGAGAAGGACCUGAUGAGUGGCGCCAGCGCCCUCAAGGGGGAUGCUAUGGUGGUGACCUACAUGCGCGACGUGGCCACCAUUCUGCAGCUGAGGUCGCUGGCGACCGGCAAGCUCAUCCGCGAGCUGCCCAUGCCCGGCUACGGCAGCAUCAAGGAGAUGUGCGGCCGCCGCAGCCUCAGCGAGUUCUACUACUCCUACCAGUCCAUGACUGACCCUGGCUCUACCUUCUUGUACGACACAGCAACUCCUGAGGUGGACCCAAAGCACAUCAGCAGCGUGCAGAUUCCCGGCGGCUACAAUGCGGACGGCCUGGAAACAACACAGGUGUUUGUGCCCAGCAAGGAUGGCAAGGUAAAGAUCCCGAUGUUCAUUGUUGCAAAGAAGAGCGUCACCCUGGAUGGGACAAACCCUACCUUCCUGUACGCCUACGGCGGCUAUGGGAUUGUGACAGAGCCCACAUUCAGUGUGAGCAGAUUGACAUACCUGCUGGCGUAUGGAGGAGUGUAUGCUAUUGCUGGCAUCAGGGGUGGAGGAGAGUAUGGCAACGAUUGGUGGGAGGAAGGACACUUGCUGCAGAAGCAAAACAGCUUUGAUGACUUUGCGUCUUGUGCUGAGUACCUGCAUGCUGCUGGAUACUCUUCACCGGGCAAGCUGACAAUCCAGGGUGGGUCAAAUGGUGGUCUGUUGAUGGGCGCUCAAAUUACACAGCGGCCUGAUCUGUACGGAGCAGUUAUUUCGCAAGUUGGCGUGUAUGAUAUGCUCCGAUACCAGCUGUUCACAAUUGGGCAUGCAUGGAUGACGGAGUAUGGAGACCCAGCCAACAAGACUGAUUUUGAGUACAUGUACAAAUACUCACCCUUGCACAAUGUGAGGGUCCCAGCGGGCAGCCACCAGUACCCUGCCAUUCUUCUGACCACAGCGGACCAUGACGACCGGGUGGUCCCUCUGCACAGCUACAAAUUCAUUGCCACCCUGCAGCACACCCUGGCAGGCUACCCAGGCUCGCCGCAGCGCAACCCCCUGCUCCUCAGGGUGGACAGCAAGGCAGGCCACGGAGGCGGCAAGCCCACUGGCAAGGUGAUAGAGGAGUACAGCGACUUGUACGGCUUUGCUGCCAAGGCAAUGAACGCCAAAUGGAUCCUGCAGAAGCCCCAAGGGACACUGCCCGUUGAGGUGGUUGGCUGACCUUCAGAUGACCGCUGAGAAUUAUCUUAGACUAGUAGGCUGCCCUGACACAUUGUCAGUUCUGAUUUCUGACAAGGUCUUUCUGCAUCAACGCUUGAGGGUGCGUUUUGUGCUUCUUACUGUGUACAAUUCAAAUGUGCAAUACUGUGAGCCCGAGGUGAAGGCUUGCAGUAAUCGCUGGCAUGCCAGUCACAUGACCAACAUGCAUGCCAACUGAAAUUAUGGAACGAAUGCACAAAGGAGCGUGAUGUGAGUGUAGGCUAGCUAUCAGGGGUACUUUCUGACCUGGAAUUCCAAAGAACCGAACCUUUUUUCAGAAUGAAAAUGCUUGAAUGUCAAACAUGCGCUGAACCCUAUAUAAAUCUGUACAGGUUUUUGACUGCAGCUUGUUUGCAGACCAUGCCUGUUGGCAGGAAAUGCUUGUAAUAAUGAUAAUGUUAACA